GUGUGUGUGUGUGUGUGUGUGUGUGUGUGUGUGUGUGAGUGUGUAAAAUGUCCAGACGGGUCGGUUCCUCCUCUGGGGCAGAAGUAGCACAGAAUGGGGGCAAUAAGGACGUUUGCCCUCCAAAGCCCCCCGAGGGCAAGGUGGAACUGCACAAGAAGGUGACCCUGCUCCGGGGAAUCUCCAUAAUCAUUGGGACCAUCAUCGGAGCAGGAAUUUUCAUCUCCCCCAAGGGGAUACUCAAGCACUCUGGAAGCGUGGGAAUGUCGCUGGUGGUGUGGAUCGCAUGCGGAGUGCUGUCUUUGUUUGGGGCGCUCUCUUAUGCAGAGCUGGGCACUUGCAUCAAGAAGUCUGGGGGCCACUACAUAUACAUCCUGGAGACUUUCGGCCCUCUCAUGGCGUUCGUCCGCCUCUGGGCUGACCUGAUUGCAAUAAGGCCUGCAGGUUUGGCAGUCAUUUCAUUGGCAUUUGGUCAGUACAUUCUAGAGCCUAUCUUCACUCCCUGUGGGGUUCCGGAGAUCGCAAUCAAACUGGCCACUUCCAUCGGCAUAACAACUGUGAUGUACAUCAAUUCUAUGAGUGUAAGCUUGACGGCCAGGAUACAGAUCUUCCUGACAGGCUGUAAGCUCUUAGCGAUGGCCAUCAUCAUCGUCCCAGGGUUCUAUCAGCUUUUCAAAGGACAGACGCAGAACUUUGAAAACGCCUUUCAGCUGGAGAAAGUCCAGUUGAGCGGCCUUCCGCUGGCCUUUUACUCAGGGAUGUACGCCUAUGCUGGCUGGUUUUACUUGAAUUUUGUAACUGAGGAGGUGGAAAACCCAGAGAGGACAGUGCCACUAGCCAUCUGCAUCUCCAUGGCGAUAGUGACUGUAUGUUACGUGCUGACGAACGUGGCGUAUUAUGCGGUGAUGACUGCCGAGGAGCUGUUGGCAUCGGAGGCGGUUGCCGUGACCUUUGCAGAGAGGCUGUAUGGAAAGUUCUCAGUCGCAGUUCCCAUAUUUGUCUCCCUGUCCUGCUUCGGUUCCAUGAACGGAUGUCUGUUUGCUUUUUCAAGAAUGUUCUACGUAGCAUCUCGUGAGGGCCAUCUGCCAGAGUUCCUGUCCAUGAUACAUAUCCGCAGACACACACCCCUGCCUGCGGUCAUCAUAUUGUAUCCCGUGACGCUGCUGAUCCUGUGGUCAGGUGACCUGUACAGCCUGCUGAACUUCAUGAGCUUCCUGCGCUGGCUCUUCAUCGGCGUGGCCGUGCUCGGGCUCAUCUACCUGCGCUACACACGACCUGACAUGCCACGGCCGUUCAAGGUGCCACUGUUCAUCCCUGCAGUGUUCUCCUUGACCUGUUUCCUCAUGGUGUUCAUGUCUCUGUACUCGGACCCUGUGAACACAGGCAUAGGCUUUGCCAUCUCUCUCACAGGAGUCCCUGCAUACUACAUCUUCAUCGUUGCCAACAAACCAAAAUGGGUGCUCAGGUUCUUAGAUUCUAUGAACAGAUCACUACAGAUCAUCCUUGAAGUUGUACCAGCAGAUAACUAAUGGGUCUUGCUCUUAUUGCUUCCUCUUGUUUGUGUGUGUGUGUGUGUGUGUGUGUGUGUGUGUGUGUGUGUGUGUGUUGUAUGUAUGUGUGUGUGUGUGUGUGUGUGUGUGUGUGUGUGUUUGUGUCUCUGUGUUUCAGACGAAGAAAGGGACAAUAUAAUUUGUACUGUAUCUGAGCUACAUAUUCUGUAUGUGUGUGUGUGUGUGUGUGUGUGUGUGUGUGUGUGCGUGUGAGUGUGACUGUGAAUCUCAACACCAACAUUUUCAUAAAUUGAGCCGCACUUGGCUGGCAGAUGGUCAAAUCUAGAGCGGCUUAGUGGGCUUUCAUGUCUCAUAUCAUCAUUUUAUAUCUCAGUGAUAUUUCCAUACCGCCGUAAUUUAAGGAAAGUGCUUGCACUGAGAGGUGGAACACACUAAAUUCAGGAGGAGGAUUAUGGGUAAUCUAUCUCUAUAACCCCUUCCUCAACAGCCAGCAGAAUGCAUGUACCCUCAUAACGCACACUCAUCCAUCCACUUAUUCAUACACACACACACACACACAAACACAUACACACACACUCGUACACAUACACAUACACACUCUCUCUCUCACACACACACACACACACACACACACACACGCACACGCACAUAUACAUAUACACACACUACACACACCCAGACACUCAAAUGCACAGUUGAAAACCGUGUAUGAAUUGCAUUACUCUCCGGUGAACUGGCUGUUCAUAACAUUAACGUUUAAGUAAAAGCUUUGACUCAAUAGGCUUGUAGGAGACUCAAAGCGAUGAUCAGAGAGAUGACCAAGAUCAAUCAUCCACUGAAAGGAAUCGUUGGCCAUAUUGUGCAUAUGCGCCACAUAUACUGUGUUACAUAAUGUAGUGUGUUGUAUUGUAAGUGAAACGUUGUCAUGAUGUUCUCUUUUAGAAUAUCACUGUAAAGCAUUCCAUUAAAAGAAAGAGACUGAAUGUUCUGUUACACAAUGUCCUGUGCAACAUGCAGUAGGUUUACGUCAGGUUAGGACUUGCUAGAAGGAAAGUCUAAAAAGUGAUGUAGUAACAUGUCUAUGUGUUUGUGCCAACUAACAUUAAAACAUUACAUA